AAAACUCGCGCCAUUACCGCUACUUUGUCAUGAGUUGAAGCGGCAAACGCACUUUCAUUUCACAUUUCAUGAAGACUAAAACUUGCCCCCCCUCAUAUGACAUUUGUCAUCUCACAUAACACUCUUCGAUCACGACACGCCAAUUUGGUCUACCGGUCAGUCAGUAAUUUGUCCUAACUCUAAAAUCUACCUCUCUAUUUAAUUUGCUCCAUGCAAAUGUGUAUUAGUUAAAGGUAGCUAGGCCAGGUUUGUCAUUCAAUUAUGAAGUCUACAGGGAAAAAAGUUAUAGGCUUCAAGGCUAAGCUCACGUUACCGUUCGUCUUCUUCCUUUGUUUCUGUUUCUUUCUCGUUGGACUUUUCGGAUCCACCGUCAUCUUUCAGGAUGUGGAUAAUGUUCGAUCAAGGUAUAGAUUGCUAGAAUUAGUAGAGAAAGAAAUGCAUGGAUCAAUAUCUCAUGGUGUUACCGGAGAGCUUUCGAUUGAUUCCAUCCCAUUCCAGGUCUUGAGCUGGAGACCUCGAACUCUAUAUUUCCCUAACUUUGCAACAGCUGAACAAUGUCACAGUAUAAUUCAAAUGGCAAAGCCUAAACUUAAACCAUCAUCACUUGCUCUGCGUAAAGGAGAAACUGAAGAGAGUACCAAGGGUGUUCGAACAAGUUCAGGCACAUUUAUCUCUGCAUCAGAUGACAGAACUGGUAUCUUGGCUUCUGUUGAGAUAAAAAUUGCCAAGGCUACAAUGAUCCCUAGGAGCCAUGGAGAGGCAUUCAAUGUUCUGAGAUAUGAGCUUGGGCAGAGAUAUGUGUCUCAUUAUGAUGCGUUCAAUCCUGCUGAGUAUGGCCCUCAAAAAAGCCAGAGAAUCGCUUCAUUCUUGUUGUACUUGUCUGAUGUGGAAGAAGGCGGAGAAACCAUGUUUCCACUUGAAAAUGGCUCAAAUAAGGGGUAUGAUUAUGGUGCUUGCACAGGGUUAAAAGUUAAGCCACGCCAAGGAGAUGGACUUCUGUUUUAUUCAGUAUUUCCAAACGGAACAAUAGAUAAGGCUUCCCUACAUGGAAGUUGUCCUGUUAUCAAAGGAGAGAAAUGGGUGGCUACAAAAUGGAUCAGAAAUGAAGAACAGCAGGAUUAACUUCUUUCUCCUGAUGUUUCCAUUGACUCCCUUGAAGGAAUCUCUUUUAUUUCAUUUUUUGAAUAAAUAUCAGCAUUCAGUAAUGAAUCCUGAGCAAUGCUUUACACGAGUCGAUGAAAAAUAAGUUGGAAGGGAAAUAAGAAUUUGCAGAAGUCAACAUGUACACGCGAAGGUUAUAAAAUUCUUAUGGUUAAUUUUUUAUGCAUUUCUACAAUAAAGGCAGAUAAUUCAAUAGUGUUGGAAAAAGUAAAUUUCUUAUUUGUACCAGUUUGAUGGACCUGUUUUUCAUUCAUGAUCAUUCCAAAUGGAUUUCCUCACCAAAAAUGAAUCCUUCUUUUCUAUACUUGAUCAGGUGAUUUCUGCAUAUGGUCCCCUUCUCCUA